AAUAAUUUUAAAUAAUAAAAAGUAUUUGCCAUAUAUUUUAAUAUUUUAAUCUUAAUAAUGUUAUUCCUGUAAAUCCUGAUUCGUGAAUUCGUAGUUAAUGUUGAAAUAGUAUAAAUUAAAAUUAUCUUACAUCUAAAUCAAGUUUUAUAAUAUAUACCUGCGGUAUAUAAUUAAAUCAUCCAUCCAUUCAUAAUUUAAAAUAUAGUUCAAUAUAUUAUGAUACAUCGUACAAUUUUUGCAAUUUAAACCAAAUCAACUAACUAUUCUUUAUUAAAAAUUAUAUUGCAUAUUGACUACCAUUAUCAAUAAUGAACCCUAUUCAAAUAUCAAAUAUGAGGCAAAAAACAAGUAUACUUGACAAGUCUAUAAGCAAAGGUAAAGGGGAAAUCAACAUGAACUGUUUCGCAUUGAUGUUUUCUGAACUGGUACAGUACUGUCAGGGGAAGGCACAUACUGUAAAUGAGUUACAAAUGAGAUUGUCCGACUUGGGACAAGAAGUUGGUACAAAAUUGAUUGAUUUACAUUUCUUACGUGAAAAAAACAGCAAACGUGAGAUAAAACUGUUAAAUAUGCUGUUGUUUAUUAAAUCUACAUUUUGGAAAAGUUUCUUUGGUCGUGAAGCUGACAAAUUGGAACACUCAAAUGAUGAUGAUUCUACUUAUUAUAUAAUUGAAAAAGAACCAUUAGUGAAUAAAUUUAUUUCAGUUCCUAAAGAUAAAGGUAAUUUGAACUGUGCUGUGUUUGUUGGUGGCAUAAUUGAAGGAAUACUAAAUUCAUCGGGCUUUAAUGCUAAAGUCACUGCACAUUGGCACAAAGGUACUACAUAUAUGGUAAAAUUUGAAGACCAUGUUAUAACAAGAGACAAACAAAUGGAUGAACGUUAAUUUAAUUAAAUCAUAGAUCUAUUUCUGUUUUGCUGUUAUCCGUACGGUGUAUAUAAAUUUGUUGUAAAUUAAACAUUCUCUUCCAAGUAAACUGAAUACAAUAUAAA